GUGUAUCCCUCUCUUCUUGAACGAAAGAGGGCGACAAGGGAGAGGCGAAGGAUAAACGCGAGCUCAGUUCCCUCUCCCCGUUUUCCCUUGUCUCUUGUUGAGAUGAGGUUCGCUCCGACUAUCCACCACUCCUGCCUUCAAAUAGCUCCCUACAUCGGUUCCGGGUUCUUUAGGGCUCGGUUUCUCUCCAUCCCAUCGCUCUCCUUCGCUUCCUCUCUUCGCCAUGCCUCAGCCUUCUCCAGUUCUAUCUCUUCCGUCGGCAGCCGCCGCGGUGGCACGCGUACGCUUCGGAUGCGGCAUGCAAAAGGGACCGAGCAAGAGGGCUUCUCAGUCAGUGAAGAAAUGGCGAAGACCAGUUCUCAAUCACGUGAUGAAUUAAAUAUUGAUGCAAAGACUGCUUCAGAUCCCUCUUCAGGUGGUCAACAAGAUUCAGUGACAUCUUCAGCUAGAACUGUUGCAUUAUGGGUUUUUGCUGCUGUGACUUUUGGAAUUGCUUUGGGUAUAAAGGACGGCAUUGAAAAGGCAUCUGAAUAUUUUGCAGGCUAUCUAUUGGAACAGAGUUUAUCAGUGGACAAUCUUUUUGUUUUUGUUUUGAUUUUCAGAUAUUUUAAAGUACCGAAGAUGUAUGAGAGGCGGGUUCUUACAUAUGGUAUUGCUGGUGCAAUUAUAUUUCGUGCUACAAUGAUCCUGCUUGGGGCUGCGACACUUCAGAGGUUUGAGGUGGUGAACUUGUUGCUGGCCUUGAUUCUUCUCUUCUCAUCAUACCAGUUGUUUUCUGCUGAAGAGGAAGAGACUGACCUGGCCGAUAAUUUUAUUGUGAAAACGUGCCAGAAGUUUAUCCCUGUUACUGCUUAUUAUGAUGGUGAUCGAUUUUUAACGCUUGAAGCUGGUGUAUGGAAGGCUACACCUUUACUUCUCACUGUUGCAGUCAUCGAACUCAGUGAUAUUGCAUUUGCUGUUGAUUCAAUACCGGCAGUUUUUGGUGUCACACGGGAUCCUUUCAUAGUUUUCUCUUCAAAUCUUUUUGCUAUUUCAGGUUUAAGGUCACUGUAUAUACUCAUUUCUGAAAGCAUGUCGGAGUUGGAGUAUUUACAGGUUACCAUGUACCAGUUGAGGUUUCCUGGGGUUUGUUGCCACAAGUCUCGGUGCCGGUGUGCUCUUGAGCGUGAUAAAAAAAUCUGACUGAGGAUCUAAAGGAAGAAAAGGAAAAUUCAAUGAAGAAAGGAUCUGAAGGAGCAACCAUUAUAAUAAUGCAGUUGGGGCUCAUGUAGCUUCUGUACAUUUUUUAAGUUCUUGCAUUAUGUCUUGUGUACUGUUUUUACUAUCUCGGGCAAUGCGCUAGUUUAUGAAUUAGCAAGCACGAUUCCGUUAACCAGCAAGUGGUGUAAUUUCAAGAAUUAAUAGGCAGGACAUGCUUUUCUUUUUCAUUUUUUAAAUUGAAGGAAAGGUUCACCACCUCUGCACUUCAGCUUCUUAUGG